GAAACCACCAAAUGUCAUAAAAUUCCUCUCAUCCAUUCUUGAGAGAACACUUUGAGAACCUUUUUGUCAAGUAGGGUUAUAAGGGGAUUCGUUUUUUUUCUUUCUGCUUUAUUUCACUUGACAGCAUUUGAAAGCCAAGUAAAAAAUUGUGCUUAAAAAAAGGGAUAUUGGAAGAUAAAGAAGGCCAAGUUUUCGUUCAAGUAUUGGCUACUUUGAUAGAAGUGCGUAUUACUGGAUUCCAAUAACUGUAAGACCAUGGCCUCUCGCAAGAGCAUUCUAAGCUCCUUGGGUAGCGGUACUGCACAGCGCAGCCUGUUUGGUCCAGUGGACCAUGAGCAGCUGCAGCAGGAGUACCAGCAAGCCCUGCGUAAAGACCUGGAGGAUACCUCGCACCGCUGGGGCUUUGACUUCCUGCUGGAGAAGCCCUUAAAGGGAGGCGACUUCCAGUGGGAGGGCGUUCCUUCCACUACGGUGCCCCUCGUCUACCGCCCAAAUAUGGUGGGUAUGAACAAGGUGGAGGGACAGAGGGGGGUGGUCUCUUACAUAGAGGCCAGGGCAGGGCCCUCGCUCAGUGGGAAGGAGAACGUCCUGUACACCCCAGAGAGGGAUGGAGCGACCAUCGUCCAAAACCUGGAGACAACGCCAGGGAGGGGAGAGAGAGAAAGGCUGAAGAGAAAACAGACCAACAUAACAGACUUCUACGCUGCUAAAAGAAGAGUGGUGGGAACUCCUAGGAAAUCCGGUCAGUGAUUUUGAAGGUGAAGAGACCUUAAUAUGCAUACACUCUUACUCACCCAACCUUGUGUAUGCAACUGUAAAACAAACUGUCAAAAGCAAUGGGAAAACAGAAGAACCUCUGCUCAUUAUACUGUACUUUGUUCUUGCUCAUGUGUUUAUUUUUUGUAACGUAUUACUGUCUAAAGCGCCCCCCUGUGGUAUGGAAUACAUACUCUAUUCAGCCAGUUCAGACCUAAAUCAAUCAGUGGACCUCCUCUCCCUUAUCAAUGGCCAAAUGCACUAAGGGCAUUGAAACAUUCACUGUCUGGAUGCCUUUGUUUCAGUACAUUCCACACCACUGAAAUGGACUCACCACGAUUCUGCCUCUGGGUUUACACUUACAGUAACAUCAUCAAAAUGAGACUGUAUUACUGAGUGAGCCUAAAGUCCCUGAGACUUUAGAUUCAAAUAUUAAUUUAUUUAUUUGUAAUAUUGUAUAUUACGUCACUACGCUGUAUCAUGAAGUUUGUGGAAUAUGUUUUUCAUCAGCACUUAUUUUCUGUCUUUUUUCUGUUAACUUGAAUUUUGAAGUUUUGUGUAUCUUGUGUACUCAAAGGAAACUACUUGAAUGAGUACUUUGUUUGAAUUCUAUUUUAUUAUUGAUAGCAAUCUCAGUAUGUGUCAUCCCACUCUGAGCUGUUUAUUGUCAACAGGGAUGUUGGCUGCUCUUUCAAACCAAGACAUACUUCAAACUUACAAUCACAUUUUUAAGAUUGUUAUUACAUAUGAGAUAUUAUACAAAGUUUCCUUGCAGAGUUGCACAUUUGAUGCAGCACAUAGCUGGUGCAUUUGACUUAAACAAAACUCAUCUAAGCUACAGCUGAGUAUUUUGAUCAUUUGUAUUUUAUUCCUAGUACAGUGCAUUUAAAUAUAUAAUAAUAACAAUAUGCUGCUACAGGUAAUGGGUGUCUUUCCAACAAAAUACUUUAUUUGAUAUGCACCAAAAACAAUGCUUAGUGAAAUCAUCACUAGCAUCAGUCAUAACAAUGCACUUCCCUUCAUAGAUGUGUAUUCAUAUGUCCUUUAUAAUAUUUUAUGUUCAACAUUUUUAAAAGAUACUCUAUAUUUAUUGUAAGAUAAGCUUUGUGUGAUUUGUAAAUUGAAUUGUAAUAAAGAUGUAUACUAUUACACUA